GUUGCCAUGCCAUUUGGAAGCAAACAGAGUAAGAGUGGGUGAAAGUGUGUACAGAACUGUAGCAAGGAUUUAUGGACUCCUACGCACUCUCAAGAACUCUUGGUUACUUCUCAGCUUUAUCCACAUAUACUUGAUGAAUGUCAUUCUAAUCCAGGGGCUCUUGAGGUAAGUUAGGAAAACCGAUUUAUCCUAACUUAAGUUGAAAUCUGUAUGGGAACGAGCUCCCUCUCUCAACAAGGGUUUUUCUAAGGACCAUGGUUCAUGUGUGCAACGUGUAUGCACUUAGAGUACAUUUUAGAGCUAGUGGGUACCAUAAUGCAUGGGUUUUAUUAGUCUUUUUACUACAUCACUUUGAAAUGGACUGGUUUACAUUGUGCUUGGUUGAGAGCCAAGUGUGUUUCAUGCAGAUGCUAAAAGGUACUUGGUGUGUUGAAAUAAGAGGCUGAUGGCCAUGACAGUAAAGAAAGUCUUGAGACUGAGGAUAUAUGAUUUUAGAAGGCAUGUGCACUAAGAGUGGGUUUUAACCACUCAAAGGAGACUAUAGGAAUAGGCUGAGGGCUUCUACAACAUUGGUGAACAACGUCUUGGGAAUGAGAACAAGCCCACUUAUGGACUUGGAAACAAAAACAGGCAACAAUUGCACUUCCCUGGUUAUUGUUGUGGUUAAUCCCCUGUAAUUUUGCAAUGAUGUUUUUGUGUUAUUUAUACAUCAUCCAUUUGAUUUUUGCAACCAAUCUACAUUUCACCCUGAGGUAGCUGUGCUGUAGUCCAACUUCUUCCACCAUGAAGAAACUGAUACUUUGCAAAGUUGUGUUUCUCAAUAGAUCCCCAAACCUGGAUACACAAUAGUGGGGACCAGAAGCAAAAAGGAUGUGCUCACCCUCACUUUCCUCUCUAACACACACUGCACUCACCUCCCCUCCAUGGCUGUAAAAAAUCCAAAAUAGAGAUGGGUGACUCUUGUUGACGAGGUCGGAUAUAUGAUUUUAGAAGGCAUGUGCACUAAGAGUGGGUUUUUAACACUCAAAAAAGACUAUGGGAAUAGCCUGAGGGCUUCUACAACAUUGGUAAUCAACAUCUUGGGAAUGAGAACAAGCAGACUUAUGGACUUAGAAACAAAAGCAGACACAAGUUGCACUUCCCUGGUUAUUGUUGUGGUUAAUCCCCUGUAAUUUUGCGUUUUGUGUUAUUUAUACAUCAUCCAUUUGGUCAGUUUUAAUAAGUAACCUACUUUAUGUUUCAACUUGUUUUUUGCAACCAAACUACAUUUCACCCUGAGGUAGCUGUGCUGUCAUCCAACUUCUCCCACCAUGAAGAAACUGAUACUUUGCAAAGUUGUGUUUCUCAAUAGAUCCCCAAACGUGGAUACACGCACUCACCUCCCCUCCAUGGCCGUCAAAAAUCCCAAAUAUAGAUGGGUGACUCUUGUUGACGAGGUCGGUGAGCACCUCGAACCGGUCCUCCAUGUGCUCUCGCCGGCCUUGGAUGGAGUACACGGCCACGUUGUUGCUUUUGAACUCCCAGGUCUUGGAGAACUGUGCGUCCAGGGCGUCCAGUCCGCCGAAGCGUUCAUUCUGCAUCAUCUCCGCCACUUUCCCCUUGACCAUCUUGACGGCAUCCCGGCUCGACUUGACGAUGGUUUUCACUUCGUCCGUGUGGAAGAAGUAACUCCACAGAGCCAGGCUGAUGCACAGCAGGAACAAGGUCUCCGGUCUGAGCAGAAAAUAACGCAUGAUCCUACCUAGCAGAGACAGCAGGGUCAUUGUAUCCUCUAUCAUUUAUUUAUUUACACGCAGGAAAUCGCGGCAGGUUGUGUGUCGCGCGCCCCCGCCGCAGGUUUCAGUCCAUCGUCGGUGGCGUCGGCGGCUUGGUAGCGGUGAAAAAUGAACAUUUAAACGAGCUUUUCACACCGGACACAUAAACACAACCCUGACUACACUGGGGACACUUCACUGCAUUUUCAACCGGACUCACCGGGAAGGAGGUGAGGGAAUUGGCGUACGUUCAGAGACAGGCGGCGGGACACAAACACAGUCCUCCUCCGGCAGGUUCCCUCUAACGUGCAGCCCUGCAGUGAGCCACCAGCGACCGUCCGCUGACCAUCUGAGGCGGUCUGUCAACACGAAGGUCGCCCGUCAAGUGAAGCUAGUGUGUUGUGAGCUGCAGUCUAGCGGUGGGCAGAGCCUUUCUUCUCCCCUGCCAGCCUUGCUACUGUGUGCUCCCAGUCCUGAAAUAGCGGUCUGCGUUGAGACGCUCACAUUCCCAGCUGCCACACUGCCUGCGACUCUGCUGGUGCCUGACUAAACACUGGUGCUGCCUUCAAGUGCUGUUGGGAAAGUGCCGGAGUCUUCUGGAGAAAGUCUGCUGAAGAUGCGUUUUAUGACUGGUCUUAGAAUCUGACUCAAGACUACUGGUGAAUUUAACUGUGGCACUUAUUUUGGCACAUUUGCAUUGGCUCAAACCUGCCCCUUAUCUAAAAUAAAACUCAAUUCUAGAAAUGUUACUGAGUCGUUCUCGAACACGUACACGAGUCCAGCAAUGACUUUCAUCUGCAGAUUAUUAUGUUGGUUUUCUUAUUUUAAAUUCAGAAAAAUGAUAAUAAUAAUAAUAAUAAUAAUAAUAAUAAUAAUAAUAAUAAUAAUAAUAAUAAUAAUAAUGAUAAUAAUAGCCUACAUAAAACAAGUCAAGUUGUGCAAGUUGUCUAUCUCUAUUCCAUGGUAAAAAUCUGGUAAAAUUAUAACCUGUCAUGUUAAAAAUUUGUCUUUGUCUUUGUCAUUGUGGCUUCUUUCUUUUUUUUUUUUUUGCAUCCUUUUUUAUUUGCAGCAGUGGCGUUAAUUGUAACUUAUGCAAAAUAAUUGAUUUGAGUCAUUUACAAUGCAAGCCAGAAUCUUCCUUUAUUUGCAUGGCACCUUUAAGCCAUGGAGGGGAAAAGAUUGUUAUUCAAAUUUUUGAGAGUAGAUAUUUCCUAUAGUACUUAAAGGCAUCCAAAACUGCCAUACCACAGGUGCUCUAGGGGUGCAGAGAGAGUGAUCGAAACAGUCCAGACUUGAAUAAAAACCCCGGGCUUUAUAUAUAAGAAAUAAAAAGUUGGAUUGAGACAAAAAAUAAAUCCUCUGUUAGGCUUUGAGUUGAGUGGUUCUGGGGCACGGGAUCCAAAACAAUACUUGAUGACAAAAUCAUGUACUCUUAGAUUUUCAUCUUUGAUCACUUGAUAGGCAUCUUGAUGUCAGACUUCUUCUUUAAAAUGUUCUUUAAAUCAACUGGGUUACAUCAAACAUACUAUUAAAGGGAUUUGUAGGAUUUAAAAACACUUCACAGGACACCCGGUAUCUUAAUGAACCGUGUUUCUCUCUGAAUGAAGAGAAUUGGGGGACUUGGUUAAGCCAGACAAGUAAAUUGGAUCAUGGUUAGAUAGUUUCAGGUUUAAUAAUCCUCUUCAGGAAUGUUAAGACUCACUAUUUUUUAAGCAAAAUUAAUGUUCAAGUUAAGGUCUUCUCUGGUUAACUGAGGCAGAAAUCUUCUCAAAAGCAUUUCGCUUUUAUCCGUUCACUCUCUUUUCUUACAAUUCACUUUUACAAUAAAUCUAUUUUACUAUUCUAUUCACGUUUGUACUUUUUUAAUCCGGAAUAAUAUAAUUGUAUAUUUAUUCAGGCAAAGUUAAGGACAGCCCCGAAGGUCCUUUACCCACCAGUGACGUCAUCAAACCUCCUCCUGUCCGUGUGGGGAAAACGUGGAGGAUUUAACUUCAUGCUAGUUUGUGUUUUUCCUCUGAAAACACACCUAGAAAGUGUAAGUCGAUCGUCCAAUUCUAUGUGUAUGUACAGUCUUGAUUGUUAUUCCACCCUGUGUCUUUUUGUCAAUGUUUUUAUCCGUAAAAGUUUGUCAUCGGGGCUAGCACUUUAGCCUUUAAUGCUAACUGUAUAAUGUAAUAGCUAUCUGCCGUGUUUCUGUUCCCAGUGAUCGUGGGGUUACACAAGGAUCCUCAGACUUAAACUGCUUUACAAACGUGAGCAGGAUGGAGUACAUUCAGGCUCCUGCCACAAGCAGUCAGGGUAACAUGUAAGUAGAAAACAACAACAUUAGUGGUCUCUAUGUCCUCAGAUCAGCUGUAUACUGUGAAUCCUGACACAUUUAGAUCUACUAAAACGUGUCAGAUUAGCACCUACCUGACACCUUUCAGUUUUUAUACCACUCAAAUUGCUUCACACUUAAUGCCACAGACACAAACAGUAUAUUCACUCAGUAACUACAGAGGCCCUGACUUUGACAGAGGCCCUAUUUUGAUUCUGAUUGGUUAUUUGAAAAGAUAAAUUGAUGUGAUGUUGUCCUUGCAAAGUCAAAGUCUCAAUACCAAAGCUUUUAAAGGGAUAUUCCUGCGUAAAAUUAAUUUAGGGUUAAACCGCAACACCGAGUUAGACACCCCCUCCAGAGAUGAAUGUUGCCAACUGCUUGCUUCUCUAGUUAUACCAACUUUAGUAACAACGGCAUGAUAGCAAUACACAGCGGUCUGAGGAGCCAUAAACAAAGUUCUUCUGCCUUAGCGUCUCAGUCUGAUUGCAUUUCCAUGAAGGAAUGAUCAUAAAUGUUCUUCCUUGAGCUGUGUCACCCCGCAGCAGUAUGUAAUGGACUGGCCUGAGGUCUCGCUACAAACAAGCGGCUGCUGGAAGAGAGUAGGUCUAACUCGGUGUUACAGUGUGUUUGACCCUACAUUAAUUCUAUGCCGGAAUAUCCCUUUAACCUGCGCCUGUCAUCCAACAAACAGAGUUUUUUUGUUAUCAAUCUGUUAUUUCUGCUGCUCUACAAAACCAUUUUAGUGGAAAAAAAAUAGACAUCCAAGUGUUUAACAUGAUUUGCAAUCUAAUGUGAGAUUGUCUUUUUCAACUCUCCACACAUGUGACUUGAUUGACACAGAGGGUCAUCGUCUCUCAAUUCAAUGAGCUUUACUAGUGUUGCAUCUCUCUUCUCAGUCUCUGUUGUACCUGUGGUGUUCCAAUUCCACCAAACCCUGCCAACAUGUGUGUGGCCUGCCUGCGUACUCAGGUAGACAUCUCAGAGGGGAUCCCAAAGCAGGUCACAGUGCACUUCUGCAAACAAUGUGAAAGGUUUGUAAUAAGCAUUUUUGACCAUGUCACUCACAGAUAAUGGGACUGUUGAAAACAUUUCUUGGUUAGACCUCUAAAUGUUUCAUGAGAAAUUUAGGGCUUAAUAGUUUUUGUUUUUUUUAAUCUUAUUCAGAUACUUACAGCCUCCAGCCACCUGGAUGCAGUGUGCUCUGGAGUCUAGAGAGCUUCUGGCUUUGUGCCUUAAAAAAAUAAAGAGCUCCAUGACCAAAGUAAGUCUGAUUUUUACUCAACUUCUCAACAAUCACACAGAAUCAAAGUUUGUAAAAAUAUUACUGGUAAUAAUUCUAUUACUCCUGCUUUCAUCAACCUCACAGGUGCGUCUUAUUGAUGCCGGCUUCCUGUGGACAGAGCCCCACUCCAAAAGGAUUAAGAUGAAAGUGACCAUCCAGAAAGAGGUAAGAAAUUAGAGUGGAGGUGAGAAGUGUGGGAGAAUGACAUUUAAACAAAGGACAAAAGCUCUUAAGGGACUCCAGAUAUGCAACCUGGUUUUCAUCUAAAGGUUAUCUGGAAUAUUUGUUCAUGGCUAAUUGGCAGCAAGCAAAGUUCAUGUUUUAAAUUAAGCUCUGUCUCCGACAUAUGUCACUAUAAUGAUGUCAGAGUCGGACACACACAUAUGUAAAGUUUCUCUGAAUAACGUUCGAAUGAUUGUAUGUACCAUGGACUCAGAGUAAAAACUGUUUUAGUUGAGUUCUCAAUUGUCUGUUCUUGGCUGAGCUUUUUUAAGAAAAGUGAGUUUAUUCUGGCUGCAUCCAUCUCCUUGACCUUUGGUGAGAAUCUGAGCCCCGUGCUUCUCAGGGCCAACUUUAUAAAGGGCUUUUGCACACAACACUGUUUCCAGAUCCCAUUGGCCACCACCAGGGGUAUCAUAAAUUCAUACUUAAACCACCAGUCUGUGCUGCAGGCAGUUGCCAACUAGUGGACCUGUCAGAACCACGGGGAAGUGAGCUGAUCUUAGCUCUGACAUGUGAUGUUUUGAGGAGAAAAAUAUAUUGUUAUUUUUUCUUUUAUGUUGGUAAAGUGAGUUUUUGAAUUGCGUGACUUUGUCUGCUUUUUUUUCCAAGUGUGUGUCUCUGUUUUUGAUGCAGUCAGAGCAUGUGGUCUAACUUGUUGCUGUUUUUGCCUCUCUAGGUGAUGAAUGGUGCCAUCCUACAGCAGGUGUUCGUGGUGGAGUAUGUCAUCCAGUACCAGAUGUGUGACGACUGCCAUCGGGUGGAGGCCAAAGACUUCUGGAAGGCCGUGGUACAAGUUAGACAGAAGGUAGGAGUCAGCUAUAUGGAACAUAAUCUUGAGUAUCUGUUGUCAUUUUUGUCAUCUUCACCUUUAAUAUGAGUGAAUUUUAUUGACGUUUUAAAGUCCCUGUGAGGAAUUUUUCACUAACAAAGAUAGAAAUUGAUGGUGAUCUCUAUUCUAUUCUGUUGUCUUCUGCUCUUCAAGCCAAAUGUUUCAUGUAAAAAAGUCUGAGAGCUUAAAGUAUUUGGCAGGAAAUGCAUCACUGAAUCUCAGGGCUGUGUGAUUUCACAUCAUAAAAACAUUUUUGAAGAAGAACCAGGAUUUAGCAACCAUGCUCAAAAAACUGAAUUUAUGAAGAGGCUCGCUCACGAACAGACAACUUCAGUCUCAAAAAAAGCGUAGCGAAGCUUGUUUGAAGUUAUUGCUGAAAUACCUUCUGCAGCUGCAUCCAAAUAAAAGCCAAAGUUCCUUCACUUCAAUGAAAAGCUUUUACAGGGAAACAGCUUUGCAGGAAGUCUGAAUUAACACACCACAAUAGAGCACUACUUGUUCUCCUUUUCCUCCAUGGUGUUAACUCGCUGAGUGAAUUUUUUGAAAGGAAUAAAAAUAUCAAUGUGCUAAAGCUCUAAAUGAGGGUGUUUUUCCCCUAGGUGAAAGGAGGUGACAGGAUGUGUCAUCAUGCCAAGCUGUUAUGUUUUAUCACUAUCCAUGUUUAAAUGAUGUGAACUGAUGGGAUCUGUGUCACUCUCAGUAGAAUCAUGACAAUUCUUCUUUUGGCACAGACUGUUCACAAAAAGACUUUCUACUAUCUGGAGCAGCUGAUUCUCAAACACAAACUCCACCAGAAUGCCCUCAACAUCAAAGAAAUCCACGGUAAGUCACCUUGUUAUGGGGUUUCUUUCAUCUUGUUUCUGUGUAUUUUACAGAGUUUAUCUCAGGAGGACAAGGGACGCCACAUUUCUCUUGGCAUCUCAACAGAUUACACUCAAAAGCCUGAAACUUGUCCUAUUCGUCACUGGCGUAACUAAUGUGGAUUAGAGCAAAGCAGAACAUAAUGAUGUGUCGAGUGUUAAUUACCCCCCUUCCCGUACCAGACAGCAAGCCAUGCAUGCAUAUCACCGGCGCCAAUCAGUCCAUACAGCUGUCCUCGUGUGGGCCUCAGAGGGGCAUGCGUCGUGCAUCUAAUCACUGUGCUGUAAUCAGAGCAGGCAGGCAAUACCAAAUUCCUGCAAUGCAAGUGUGAUCCAUGCCCUAUUUGGAAAUGCUAAACGCUACAUCUCAAACUGUUUGUUCCCAUCACUUCAGAGGGUUUUCCUCUGAUUUGCAUCCAUUUUCUGGAGACUCACCAUUUGCGCCAACUACUGCUGGUACUUACCUAACCUCACCACAUGGUUUCCAUAAACCAGAUGUCUCCCCAGAAAUGUAAGAAUUUACAUUUUAAGGUACUUGCUUUUUGUUCUAAAAAAGACGAACGCUUCCAAAUGACAGUGUCUAUAAACAGAUUUAUGUCCCCACAAAAUUAUUCACGCAUGCCUCCUAUCAUGCAAACAGAGGCAUCCAAACACUGAAGCACACACGCUGAGCUUUGAGAGACAGCCCAGCAGCAGCUCUCUCUGCUCUUGGACAGGACUGCGCAGUGCAGUUUUGGCUGAGUGUGUCAUUUUAAAUCAUCUUCAUAUCUCGGCAAGACUUAAAAGCUUUGUGGAGGUUACAGCAUGUGGCAGCCAUAUUUUCUCCCAUCUUCACCUACUCUCUCGUGUGGGUUUUGGACAUUCAUAUGUUUUGGUUGACACGUCAGCUCACCUGUGGUUUAUUAUUUUGGUAAGAGCUGAUGGUAUUAUUCUUCUCUCAGACGGCAUUGACUUCUACUAUGGCUCCAAGCAGCACGCUCAGAAGAUGACUGACUUCCUCCAAUGCACUGUACCUUGCAGGUGAGCAACAUUUAAGUAUGAAUCUAUGAAGACGGAGAUGAGCACUGAAGUGAACAAAAACAUCACAAAAUUCAUUUUUAUGUCACUUUGAGUUUGCUGGUUGGAGAGGCAGUAUGUUGACAUGACCUCUACAGUUUAGAUAAAAAACUGCAUAGUACACCUUUCUCUCCUUUAGUGGGGAAGUUGGGACCACAUUCAGGUCCUUUAAUUCUUACAACAUGACUAACCUGGGCCACUAAAUUUUAUUUAAAGACUGUGAUGAAAUAUAUAUUUUUUUCUUUUUUAAAGGUCAAAGACAUCUCAGCGCCUCAUCUCUCAUGACAUCCAUUCAAACACAUAUAACUACAAGAGCACCUUCUCUAUGGAGAUUGUUCCUGUUUGCAAGGUGAGUAGCAGUGUGAUAGAAAUUUAUGUCUGAAGCACAAACACCAUCACAAAGCUGCCAUGUUACCUUGGACCUCCUUUCUGAAGCAGCCACUGUAUUGUGAGAUUGAUGUCAGGCAUAAAGUUAUUUGUCUUUCACCAAGCUCAGUAGCUAAUAUCCAGCUCCAGGGAGAAAGGAAGAAACCACCACAGCAAAUUUUCACUUGAAUCAGUGUCUUUACAUGCAAGGAAGCAAUUAAUUCAGUCUCUGCUGAAUUGAAACACCAACAUACUCUUUUGAGAAACUGUUUGGUUAUCACUUGACAAGCCAUCAAAGGCAGCUGAGCUGCUUGAAUUUUUGCGCCAAGAGUGGCGUAACAUCACAGAGCAGCAAUGUGAAAGACUGGUAGAAAACAUGCCAAGACACAUAAAAGCUGUAAUAACAAACCAGGGCUAUUCCACUUAACUCUUUUUUUAAACUCUACCUUCAUUAUUGUGUAUUUUUGUACAAUUUCCAGUCUGAAAAAUACUCUAUCUGACCUCGCUGUAACUUUCUGCAGAUGUAAAACUCAAAUGUGAAUGUUUCAUUUCAAAGUUCAGAGAAAUAUUAAAUAUGAAAAUAUAAAAAAUGUAAAUUUAACUGACAGACAAAGUUUUAAAUUGUAUAACCCCAAUUCAAAAGGGUUGGUACUCAGAGUGAAAUGCUGAUAAUACAAAAUUUGAUGGUUGUAGAUCAUUUAAACGCCAUAUUUAAUUUGUGAUUAACAGUUAUUUUAACAUAUUGAAUUGUUCAAAGAUUAAAAUUCAAAGUAUGUGUUAGUAUAGGGGCAUGUUUUUUAUAUAUCAGGAAAAAAAGAUUCUGGUUGUUUUGCCAUAAACAAAGAUCAGCCACUGCACAAAAGCAUCAUUGUGUUCAAACUCUGACUAAAUUCAAGUCUGAGCUUCCACACUGUUGUAAAGUUUUCAGCAGAAAGUCGAACAAACACAAACUCUGUUUUUUUUUUUUCAAUCUGCCCUGAGGGAUGACAAAGGGUUUUUUUUUUUCUCUCCGGAAACAAACUGCAAGACACAAUCUGAACUUUCAAUGCAAAGUUUUUUUUUUUUUUUUGUUUUUUUUUGUAACUUUUCCGUUGACCCCAGUUUGACCCCGUGUUGUCUGCUUCUCUCUGGUUGCCAGGACAACGUAGUGUGCCUCUCACCACGGCUGGCACAGAGCCUGGGUAACAUGGGUCAAGUUUGUGUGUGCGUCCGUGUGACCAGCACCAUCCACCUCAUCGAUCCCAACACCCUGCAGAGUGAGUAUUUCUUUUGCCAGAGCACUGCUGAGUUUUAAUCCUUUCUACCAACAGCUGUGCAAUAGAAAUACAUAAUACACCUUUUUGUGUGUAAAUACAGCUGCAGUGUGUGAUUGGGUAUUUUCACUAUUUUUAAAAGACAUACCUGGAUGGACUGCUUCAGUAUAAUUUGCUUUUAGUACUAGUUUGACAGCAUUGUUCCUUUUAUUGAAGUGGGUGAAAUUGAAACGACCCUGCAUUACUUAAGUUGUAAUCAUCACAAAUCAUCACAAGUUUUCUUCAGAAACUCGGCAUUCAGCCGCUCUGAUGAGUCCACAAUCAACAAGUGGCUGUUUUGGCAGGCAGAGACCAUGAACAGGACUGCACCGGAGUGGAGAGACUGAGAAAAUUGGAUCGAAAGAGAAACAGAGAGAGAGGGGGAGGUGGAUGGAGACAAAGAGCGACAAACACAACAGAAAAUACAAACGAACAGCCGUGAUGCCAAAAAUAAUGGUCCAACUGUUUGUAGUAGGAGUGAACACAGUAUUUUAAAGAUAAUUGUUCACUGAUAGUGGUGAUUGGAACAGCUAAGAAUCCUAACAAUAGUCGAAGCAGUUGGAAUCAGCAGGUAUGCUUUAAUUAUAAUAAUUACAGGUUUUGCAUAUUCAUAUAAUGUGCCUUUGAAAAGAAAUUUCACAAGUUUUUCCCGUGUAUUACCAUGGCAAUAGAUCUGAGAGUCACUGUCGGGGUGAAACCCUUCAGUGCUGUAAUAACCUAACCGCAGUCUGUUAACCACAUGUUCAUCACAGGCGUCUGAACUUAGCAACCUCCCUCUGCUCCCUGUCACGGCAUAGCAUCAUGAAAAACAGAUAUUUUCAGUUUGCGUCGCACAUACCGUCACAGGAGAGUUAUAUGAGGAGAUUGACAGUGACAGGGAUGAUUCGUUUCCUCUGUUCUUCUGGUGUAAUCAGUUGUCAUGGGAGGGGCAGAGACACUCUCGCGCAGAAACCUGACCUUUUGGAUGCGGCACACGUUUUUAAUUACUCUUCAAAGAGCAGGCUAUUUUUACUUUAGAGAGUUUUUCAGCAGGCUGAGGAGUAGAAAGCGCCUUGAGGCAGAGUUCUGUUCUGCAGGUUUGGAGCUGCAGCCGGCGGAUUAAGAAAUACUUGGCUUCAUGUUUGGCUGAUUAUGUACAGGUUUUUUGACACAGUGACAGACGCAUUGUUCCAUCAGGUCUAUUUCUAAUAUGUGCAGAUUGUGCUGUGAGAUGUUUCAAGCAAAGCUCAUUGUGUUGAAUUUUUCUUAUCAGAGGACAACUAUCAGAAACAAAAACAUAACUUUUUUCUUAACCCCUAGUUGCUGAGGUGGAUGGGAACACAUACUGGCGUAACCCCUUCAACAGCCUCUGUAACCCACGGCAACUGGAGGAGUUCAUUGUCAUGGACAUCGACAUCAUCCGAGACCAGAAGCUAGGUGCAGGGGCCUGCAUGAGGUCCAACAAGGUGAGAGGGAGUCUGGUUCCUGUGAGUGCGUGUUUGUGUGUGUUGUUGCAGAACAGAUUGCAUUGUUGGGGGGGUUGUGGAGCUGGGGGCAUUGCUUUUCUUCUGAAAGCGAAAUCAAUACAGCACCAUUACAUUAUCCCUGAGCUUGUAUGCCUGAUUCAAGCCAAAACAGAAACACACAGGAGGAGUGUUUGUUUGGAGGGUGCAGGGAAUGAGGUUUGCAGGGACGCUGUUUGCGCUGUCUGAAUGUUGCAUUAGUAUCGAUGCACCCGUCUGAACAAAUUUGAGGGAAAGAGACACGAGUAAUGUUGUUUUUCUAGCCACAAAUAACAUUUAUAUACCAUCUCUGUGUGUCUGUGUGUGUCUGUAUGUGUGAUGCAGCACACUCUAGCCGAGGUGUGGGUUCAGAAGACCUCUGAGAUGGACACGAGUCAGCAGUAUCACUGCCGUACGUUCCUAGGCCACCUGCUCAACAUUGGAGACCUGGUGAUGGGGUGAGGAGGAGCAAAAAAAGGACCAGAUGUUUACAGUGAAGACUGAUUGUCACAAGAACUAAUACGUCUCAUCCUGCAGGUUUGAUUUCGCAAAUUCCAACAUAAACGAUGAGUAUCUGAACAAGAUGAACCCUCACCAUGUUCCUGAUGUGGUAAGAAUUACCUGCAGUUUACUGAACAUCCACCCUCACCACACCUGUUGCCUUUGGUAGCCUCUGUCCACUUAAUCUGCACUGCCCUCUGGUGGAGAAUCAAAAUACUGACUGUAGAUUUAUUUGCACACUGCAGAGAACAGCAUUUCUGCACAGUAUCACAUAAACAUGUUGGGCCAAACUGUCGUGGUACUUCCCUCUCAGGUGCUGAUCAAGAAGAGCUACGACCGCAGCAGGAGGGUGAAGCGCAGGAACUGGAAGCUGCAGGAGAUGGCCAGGGACCGCGACGGCAUGGACACAGACGAUGAGAGGUGGGAGAGUUGAACUUAGUUUUUCAAAGCAACAAAACUCUGAUCACUGGGAGUAGUUUGUUGCUGGAAGGAAAGUUUGUUUUCUGUACAAACGUCUCAAAUACUGGAAACAAGGAAGAUGACUCGAGAUACCUAAAAUAGUGACCAACAACAUGGCAUUGUUUCAGUCGGUAAAAAAUGCGCCAAGAAUGCCAUGUAUCCCAUAAGUGUUUUUUUUUCUCUCCUGUUUUUGUGUCUCCAGACAAUACCAGGACUUCCUUGAGGACUUGGAGGAGGACGAGGCUCUCAGGAAGAAUGUGAACAUCUUUAGAGGUAGGCAGCAGACCCUGCAGACUUUUCCAUCCCCCAGAAUCCCCAGAGACAUCAGCCCACUUCCCUUACAUGUUGAUCUUUCCAGUGUUUCAGCUGGAAUUGUUAAUACACGACUCAUUUAGAGAGUUAAGAGUGUUUAAGCCAGUUUAUAAUAGAUGAUGUAUUGGAUAAUUAAUGAACAGAUGUGCCGUUUGUUUUGAAUUCAGAUGCAGCAAAGAUCCCGGUGGAGAGCGACACUGAUGAUGACGGAGCACCGAGGAUCUCUCUGAUGGAGAUGCUUGAAGAGCUGAGCCUGUCAGACGCCACAGGAGGAGAGGGUGCUGACAUGAUGACGGACUAGCCAGUCUCCAUCCUGUCUGAGUGACACCAGCGGCUGAUCAGACGAAGACGGCACAGUAGAGGACGCAGUGAUGUAAAAUACUUUCAAGGGGAAAUGGAUGGGGACUUACUGAACCAUUAAAAAGUCAUGUUUCAUCCUAACAAAAGCCUUCAGCUCAUCAGACUGCAGUAGUGUAAUGAGUCAUUAGAGUUAUAACCAAACAUGGGGUUUAUAAUGGGGCCCUUUAGUUUGACAUACUUGUUUCUACUCAGAAACCAGCCUCUCAGUGUUUUAAACUGAGCCUUUACCUCCUUCAUAUCAUCGCUGCAGAUAACCAUGCCAACAUCGGGCCUACAAAAAUCAAGGAUUUCAAAUACUUCAUAUUUCUCAAGAAUUAUUUUCCGUCUAUUCAUGUAAAUGCUGAAUAAAUAUAAGAAAAAGAGUGCCCCUAGAUCACUUAAUCAAAAUAAAGAUUUGAUAAAUUCCA